AUGGCUAGCGUUCAAAAAUACACCAAGAGUCCUAUGGAUAUAUUGAAAGAAACAUCACGUACAUUCUAUAUUCCUAUUGUCAAGCUUGUUCAAGGAGUCUAAGAGGCUGUUGCUUCUGCUUACUUGUGCCUCCGUGCUAUCGAUGAAAUCGAAGACCACCCCAAUAUCCCUAAUGAAGUUAAGGCUCGUAUGCUCCGUGAAGUUUCCUUAGUUUGCACUACUUAUUCCGCAGAAUCUACAGCUGAAUCUCUUACUCCUACUUAUGAUAAUGAAAAGGAAUACCGUGAUCGUCUUCCUGAAGUCUCUGCUCGUAUUGGAGAAUGGAUAAUGUACUCACCUGCUUCCAUCCGUGGUCGUAUUGUUGAUGCUACCUCUGGCAUGGCUGACAGAAUGGCUACCUGGGCUGAACGCAACUGGAAAUGCGAAACUGAAAGAGAUUUAGAUGCAUACACCUUUGCAGUAGCAGGAGCAGUUGGUUUAUUGCUUAGCGACAUCUGGGCUUGGUGGGAUGGCACUAAAACUGAUAGAGAUCUCGCUAUAGGAUUUGGUAGAGGUUUACAAAGCGUUAACAUCUUGAGAAAUAAGGACGAAGACGCUGAACGUGGAGUAACUUUCUAUCCCAAGGGCUGGACUGUUGAUGACAUGCAAGCUUAUGCUUAAAGAAAUCUUUAAUUUGCUACUAAAUACAUAAAAGACUUAAAGCCUGGCUCUCCAGCUUUGAUAUUCUGUAGAAUUCCUUACAAUUUAGCUGUAGCUACUUGCAAUACCUUAAAGAGUGGCAAGGAAAAACUUUCUCGUGAAGAAGUCGUAAAAAUUUGCGAAAAAACCGAAUUAAUUCCUACUAACAGCAAUGAUGGUGCUUCCAAGUAAAUUUCUUUGAACGAAUUAGAUAAUGAAAGCAACAGCACUACUUCCGAAGAUAAAUCUCCUAAAAACAAUUCAAGCAUCGAAAUAAAUUAAAAAGAAUUACCCUAAACCUUAGAACAAGCUGCUUAGUGA